GGGGAGCUCCGCAGAGAGCAGUGCCGGCCAUGGGGAGGGCAGCCCUGACCCUCUUGGCUCUGCUCAGCCUAGCAGUGACUAUUUGUGAUGCCCAGGACACCUGCCCAGAGGUGAGAAUAGUGGGACUGGGUGAUGCUGACCGGCUCGCCAUUCUCCAAGGAUGCCCAGGGAUCCCAGGUGCCUCCGGCCCAAAAGGAGAACCAGGCCUCCCAGGAACAAAAGGAGAAAUGGGAGCCCAGGGACUCCCUGGGAAAGCAGGACCACCUGGUGCAAAAGGAGCAGCUGGAGAGCCUGGCUUCCCAGGACCGAAAGGAAUGAAAGGAGAGCCUGGAUUUCCAGAAACAUGGGAAGCUAGGAACUGCCAAGAGCUGUUGAGUAAAGGGAAGAUCCUGAGCGGCUGGUACACCAUCUAUCCCCAAGGCUGCAACACUACCACCGUCUUCUGUGACAUGGACACGGAUGGUGGAGGAUGGAUUGUGAGUAGGGUUUUCCAGAGGCGCUGGGAUGGGUCAGUGAACUUCUUGCGAGAUUGGGAUUCAUACAAACGAGGCUUUGGCAACCAGCUGACAGAGUUCUGGCUGGGGAAUGACAACAUCCACUUCCUCACGUCGCUGGGACCCUGUGAACUCCGCAUUGACCUGAGAGACUUUGAAAACAACUACUAUUUUGCCAAGUACGCUUCAUUCAGAGUCUUAGGAGAGUCUGAGAAAUACAAACUGGUUCUAGGAGACUUCCUUGGUGGAAAUGCCGGAGACUCCUUAUCAUACCACAAGGACAUGCCAUUUUCAACAACAGACCAGGACAACGACAUGAGCUCCUUUAACUGUGCCACAGAAUACAAGGGAGCGUGGUGGUACAACGACUGCCAUUACUCCAACCUGAAUGGGAUGUACUGGCUGGGCGUUCACGGGAGCUAUGCUGAUGGCAUAAACUGGAAGACAGGCAAAGAAUAUCAUUACUCCCAUAAGCGAACGGAAAUGAAAUUCAGGCCAGUUUAACAUGGCAAGAGGGUGUCUGACUAGCACCAACAGGUGGCACUCUACAGCCAAGAGAAGACACAAAACAUGUUGUUUGAGAGCAAAAUUGGACGAGGAAGGAUAUUACAGGUUGUGACUUCAGCCUAGAGUAGAGACCAGAAGAGAUCAGUGCUGGUUUGAGUCCCUGUAAGCACCAGACUCUCACCCUGGACUAUCUCAAGCAGCUCCACAGAUGCUGACUGAGCCCAAGCAUCUUUUUCUGAAAAGUGCAUUAUCUUGAUCAUGAUGGUGAGGCUACUGCAUCUCAGUAAAGCUCUCAGAUAUUAUUACCCUAACUGGUAAUUACUAGUAAUUUUCAGUCUAAUCCAUGUAUAAUCCUCCAAUGUUCUUGCAGCCUCCUUUUCUGUUGGACCCAAGAGCCAUCUGAAAGGCACUGAAUUCCCACCCCCCCCCACCCCCUCCACCCUGUUCUCCCCACAGGCUGUGAUGGAGCCACAAUGUAGACCAGCAUGGAAAGGACUGAGCUUCCAGCACAAGGCUGUCAGCACUGCCACCUCCCUCCUUCCCUCCCCACUGCCUCACAUAACACAUGCUCCAGGACCUCAGGUGGGACCUCAGCUCCUGGAACCACGGUAGCAUUGCCCAGCGCUUGCCACCAUGAUACAGCUGCAGCUAUGCCCAGAGCCAGCUUCAGCCACUCUUCCAGGGCAUGUUUCUAGAUCUCAUUCUUUAGCUGCUGUGGACCAAGAGCUGGAUACAAAAUAGUCUGUCCAGCAACAUGUGUGGUACCAAGACACUACAGUAGUACCAAGUCAAGCCUUGCACAAGUGGACAUUAUGUGAAUUACCAGCAGGUGCCAGUACCUUCCAUUUCACCUUGUUCCAGUAGCAUUUGAAGAUGGGCUAUCUGCUGGCAGAUGGAAGCAGUUCAUCAAGUUCAUAUGAAGUUGUAUUUGACUAUUAGCAGAACUGGUUAAAGGGUCUCUACUUCCUGGACUCCUCCCCACAG